AUGCUGGUGAAUUCGCUUUCCUUACUAUGGCUGUUGCUACUUUCGUAUCAUCAACUGUCUGCAUCUGUCAGUGCAACUUCUACAGCUUCCGAGCAUAUGGACAAUGCCAAGAAACUCAUGAGUUCAGGGGACUUUUUUAAAGCUUUGGAUCAAUUCGAGGCUGCUAUCGCAUUGGAGCCAAAUGAGUAUAUAUACUAUUUUAAGAGAGCCGCUGCCUAUUUGACAUUGAACCGCUAUCCAAACGCCCUGGCAGACUUUAGCAAAGUUUUAGAACUCAGGCCCGACCACACUGCGUCUCGUGUGCAAAAGGCAAAGAUUUUGCUACUGGAAGGAUCUAUUGACGAGGCAUCAAAAGAAUCGUCGUGGUUUGAUCCGGAUUCCUCCAAGCAGGAUGUUAUAUCGUUGAUUAAUGAUAUCUCUUAUGCAAAAGAGGCCUCCCUUCAAGCAGAUGAGCACCUUCAGGCCAAAAAUUGUGAAGCAGCAGUAGAGCACCUUAACAAUCUUAUAGCCCUGACCACAUUCAAUUACAACUCGCGAAUUUCUCGUGCCGAAUGCUUUCUCUUGCUUAAUGAUCGUGCAUCUGCCAUUAAUGACUACAAAAUCUGUGCCAAGAUCAAGCCCGAUUCUACCUCUCUGUAUCUAAAACUUUCAUUGCUGCAUCUCGAGCUUGGCGAAACUGCUGAAUCUAUAGCCAACUCUAAAGAGUGCUUAAGGCUGGAUCCUGAUCAUCGAGAAUGCAUCAAGCAAUUCAAAAGAGUAAAGAAACUGGAUAAGGAGCUCAAGAACAUGGCUGCUUUUGUCGAAAAAAGAAAAUGGAGGAGUGUUAUUGACAUUUUGUUUGGUCAAAAUGGUGUUAUAAAAGAUUUUGAGGGCAUUGGUGCAAAUAGCUUGAAUAUUCAAGUUUAUUCCUAUGCUUGUCGUGGUUAUGGUGCUGUAAGUUCAACCACUGAUAUUGAUGCCAUUGAUUGGUGCUCGAGGACGCUUUCGUUGGAUGCCGAAAAUGUGGAGGCUCUAAUUACACGAGCCAACGCUUUGCUAGAAAAAGAGGAUUAUCGUGAAGCCAUUUCGGAUUUCCAAAAAGCACAUGAAUACGACAAGAAUGACCCAAGAAUUUCGGAAGGAUAUAACAGGGCUCAGAAGCUUCAAAAACAGGCAGGCAUGCGAAACUAUUACAAAACUCUCGGUGUUCAACGAUCAGCUACUAAAAAGGAAAUCAAAAAAGCAUUCCGUAAAUUGGCACAGCAAUGGCAUCCAGAUAAAUAUUCUGGCACUUUAUCUAGAGAUCAAGUUCAGCGAAAAAUGAGCGAAAUCAAUCAAGCUUAUGAAGUUUUGGGCAAUGACGAGCUAAGGGAGCAGUAUGAUAAUGGCGAUGAUCCGAACGUGAGUAUACUUUUAUUAUCUGGUAGUGUGUGUUGA